CGACACAACUACUCCGUCCUGUGAUCGCACAUCACCCUCUUACCUCGAUUUGGGAUGUCCUUGCCCGCGGCCCCACGACGGGUUGCGGGGGAAUGUCUUGGUUGGUCAAUGAAGAGGAAACCCAUCCACGAAUGGAGGUGGAGCCGGUGAUGGCGAUUCAACUAUCGACCAAUCACUGGCUUGAUAGGGCAUUCCUGAAACUGGCAACACAUGCUCGAUAGCUCUCGUUGAGAUAACAAGCAUGUGGUGGACCAAUGGACUCGUUCUCGAACGAUCCCCGGUCAGUGCUUGUCUCUGCCACAGGGUCGUCGUUUCGGUUCCCAUUAGCGCUAGUGAAUCUAGUUAGAACAGUAGCGAGGGGCGCAUUACGCCAAACGUCCGGUCAAGGGCUUCCCGAGAGAGAUCGUUUUCGCCAGUGCGUAAGAUAUCGGUCCUCGGCACGUUUUGCACUUCUUGCUUUCGAUUGCUGUUGAUUCAGUAUCUCUCCUCUUUCUAGCCUGUUUGCCGACACGCUUCAUGGACUAAAUCAGGGCAGAGACCGAGCAACAGUCUGCUCUUAAAGACCUGAUCAGCCACGUAUAAUUGGAAGCAAUAUUUCGUGGGACUCUCCUGCUCUUUCUUAGCCUCGGCGAGCUCGUGAUCGAGAACCUGGCGCCAUGGCGAACUCGGAGGGUUUCGAGAUGUCCCGGUUGGGUGUCAAGUCGGCCCAGUUCAGCGUUGGCGAGAAUCGUGGACACAGUCGUUCUGGAUCGGAUGGAGGUUAUAAUGGAGGGGUCUCAACAUCCAUGUCGAGUGGAAAGCGUUUGGAUCGAGGUUUCGGCUCACUGUCAAUUCUUUGUCUAUCAAUUACACUACUCUCUUCAUGGGAGUCGGUUGCAAAUGGAUUCGAAGCUGGCCUCCUUAACGGCGGCCCAGCGGGACUCGUCUGGGGAAUGGUAUUGUCAUUAAUCGGGACAACCUUUAUCAUGCUCUCAUUAGCAGAAAUGAGCUCCAUGACGCCGCUAGCCGGAGCUCAAUAUCACUGGACGGCCGCACUCGCCCCGCCCCAGGUUCAAGCAUUCAGCACCUGGAUUCAAGGCUGGAUCACCGUCUUUGGAUGGCAGGCCUCAACAACCAGUAUCUGCUACUUGGUGGCAUCCCAGAUCCAAAGCAUGGUCCUGUUGAAUGAUUCGGGCUAUAUUCCCAAGCAAUGGCAUGGCACAUUAAUCAUGUGGGCCAUCAUCCUCGGGUCCGGUCUGGUCAAUAUCUACGGCAUCAAAAUCAUGCCUGCGUUGCAGAUGAUGGGUGGAAUUCUCCACAUUACUCUCUUCAUUGCCUUGGUCGUUCCGAUCAUUUUGCUCAGCCGUCGCAGUACCUCACAAUUUGUGUUUACCGAGUUGUUCACGGCAGAGGGGGGAUGGGAGUCGCCCGGCAUUGCGUGGUGUCUGGGUAUGCUGACGGUUACUUACUGCUUCCUUGGCUUUGACGGUGCCAUCCAUAUGAGUGAGGAGGUGCGGAAUCCAGCAGUCGUCAUUCCCCGGGUCCUCGUCCAGACCAUGGCCAUUAGUGGAGUGUUGGCGUUUGUGUUCCUGCUCGUCAUUCUCUUCUGCAUCGGCAGCGUUCAAGAGGCAUUGAGCCCCGCUUAUAUGUUCCCUAUCAUCGGAAUUUUCAAGCAGUCUACCAACUCCGUUGGCGCAGCUACGGCUAUGCAAACGGCCAUUACCGGAAUUGGCAUGGUUUCCAACGUCGGCGUUGUGGCCUCCGUUUCACGAUUGACUUGGGCGUUUGCUCGAGACGGUGGUCUUCCAUUUUCUACAUACUUUUCUCACGUCGAUCGUCAACAUCGCGUCCCCAAACGGGCCAUUCUACUCGUCUGUGCCGCAGUGAUCGUUCUUUCAGUCAUCAAUGUCGCCUCUGAGACCGCUCUUAGCGCAAUCCUCGCUCUCUCCACCAGCAGUCUUUACGUCUCAUACCUCAUUCCCAUUGCCAUGAUGAUCAUCCGGCGACUCGACACCAGCCGGGGCCCGAUCCCAUUCGGUCCCUGGCACCUGGGUCGUUUCGGUAUGGCAAUCAACGUCUUCUCACUCACUUUCGGUGUCUUUGUGUGCAUCUUCGUUCCCUUCCCGACACGGCUUCCCGUUACAGCGGCCAACAUGAACUGGUCCGGUCCCGUCUUUAUUGGAGUUUGUCUGUUACUCGUUGUAGACUGGACCUUCCGGGCUAGACAUAAUUUUAUUGGACCGACGAAGGAUCUCUUACAUAGCAAGAGCAGGGCCUGAGCUUCUUGAUUAGACAUAUAUAGGACUACCUAGAAACUAACUACGCUACC